AGCAGAGAUAUGGUGGUCUCUUGUAGUGAUAGGAGCAUGUAGUGUGUUAAUUAGAGUCUGUCAUGAGGUGUGGCUGAAGCCCAAACGGAUUCGAUCAAUGCUUUGGAGGCAAGGCAUUAGAGGGCCACAGCCUUCCUUUCCCUAUGGGAACAUUUCUGAGAUGCAGAAGAUCCAAUCCUCCAUGAUCAACAAUACUUCUGAUGGCCAGCCUGUCUCUGAAAACUGGACUCACUCCCUUUUCCCAUAUCUCCAACAAUGGAGACAAGAGUAUGGUCCAGUAUAUAUGUACUCAACAGGGAGCAAGCAACACAUGUAUGUGAGUGAGCCAGAGUUAUUAAGGGAACUGGGACUGAUCAAGUCCUUGGAUUUGGGUAGACCUUCAUAUCUGGCUGGGGCAUUCCAGCCCUUGCUCGGUGAUGGCAUCAUUAGGGCUAAUGGAAGCAAUUGGGCCUACCAGAGGAAACUCAUUGCUCCUGAAUUCUUCCUCAACAAGGUCAAGAAUAUGGUGGGUGUGAUAGAGCAAUCUACCAUUGUAAUGAUGAAGACAUGGGAGAACCGUAUAUUACAGAGUGAGGGAGGUGUUGCAGACAUGAUUAUUGAUGAGGAUUUGAAGAGCCUCUCGGCAGAUAUAAUCUCAAGAGCUUGUUUUGGCAACUCUUACUCCCAAGGCAAUCAGAUUUUUUCAAAGAUUGCUUCUUUGCAAGAUGCCUUGUCCAAACCAAGUGUACUUUUUGGACUAUUCAACUUUAGAUUUCUUCCCACAAAGAGCAACAGAGAGAUAUGGAGGUUAAAGAAAGAGGUGGACACACUGAUACUCAAAGUAGUCAAGGAUUGUCAACAAGAAAACCAAAAAGGCACCAUACCUGUAAAGAACCUCUUACAAAUGAUGCUUGAAAGUGUUGUCGCUAGUGAUGAUAAGGUCCCACGCGGGUUGAAAACAGACCGCUUCAUUGUUGACCUAUGUAAAAAUAUCUACUUUGCAGGCCAUGAGACUACUGCUCUUGCAGCCUCCUGGAUCUUGAUGCUACUUGCAUUACACCCAGAAUGGCAAGAGCGUGUUCGUAUUGAAAUUCUUGAGUUGACGAUGGUGAUCCAAGAGAGCAUUCGUCUUUAUGGGCCUGCUGUUGUAAUGUCAAGGGAAGCUUUUGCAGAUAUCAAGUUGGGGGAAUUUGUUGUGCCAAAAGGUGUCCACAUGUGGUUUUUUAUUCCUGCAUUGCACCGUGACCCUGAAAAUUGGGGUCUAGAUGCAUUGGAGUUCAAACCAGAGAGGUUUGCACAAGGGAUAUCUAAAGCGUGCAAGUAUCCCCAAGCAUACCUACCAUUUGGCUACGGGAGUCGAUUAUGCAUUGGUCAGACCUUUGCAAUGCUAGAACUCAAGGUAGUACUCUCUCUCAUAUUAUCCAAAUUCUCCUUUUCUCUCUCUCCAGAAUAUCGUCACUCCCCUGUUUAUAAAAUGUUAUUGACGCCACAACAUGGAGUAAGACUACUCGUAACGAAGUUGCAGGGAAGCCUGGGAUAAGGUUUAUGAGGUAUAAACUUCACAUGUUUGCACUAUAGAGAACCUAAAUAUAAUUGUGUUAUUGUCAUGAAUACUCCAGUUGUAUAUUUAUUACUAUUUUUCUAAGGUACAUUAGCAAGGUUAUCUCCUGGGAUAAGGAUCUUGACUUGAACCCAUCAUAAUUUAUUCUAUUACAUAUUA